AUGAAUAUUAAAGUGUUGAUCCUGGCCUCAUUGGUGGCUCUUGUAAUAAGCUAAUAGUAUAGUAUUUCUUAAUGUGAUUGUUCUUAAUUGUUAUCAGAAGAUGAUUGCUCAAAAAAUGAUAUCAACAAAUGUUAAUGGGAUAGUACCAAAAAGACGUGUAAAAAUUAGGAUACAACAACUAAUCCAGUCAUAGACUAUGCAAAAUAUUGUGAUAACUUUAAAGAAACUGAAUGUCCAAAAUAAAAACCAUGCAGCAACUGUGGAUCUUAUUCUGCAUGUGCUUGGGUAGAAGGAUAGUGUACAUUUUUCACUGAUUGCACAGCAUUUAACAAAACAACAGAUUCAGAUUGUUAAGCUAUUAGUAAUAAAUGUAUUACUGAUGGAACUCAUUGUGUUGAAAUUGAUACUUGUGAUAAAUAUAAAAAAUAAUAAUCUUGUGUAAAAAACGUAUUUGGUAGUUUAUGUUAUUGGGAUACAAAUAAUAACAGUUGUGUUGAUGCCGAUACUUGUGAUAAAUUACCAAUCAAAUUUUAAACAGAUAAAGAAUGUAGAGAUCAAAUUUAAAGUUGUACUGCAAAAUCAGGAGGUGGAUGUAUUGAUAGUGGAAAUAAUUGUAGUGAUUAAAAUUUAGAAAUUUAAUGUGUUUGGGAUAAAUCAAUGAAAAUCGAAUGUUAUUGGAAUGGAACAUAAUGUAAAGAUAGAAUAUGUGAUAAUGCACCUAGUACUUUAAAUACUGAUGAUGCAUGUAAAUUAUUCAAAACUGAUGGAUCAUGUACAACAAAAUUAAAUGGUGGAUGUAUUACUAGAACUACUUGUUCAGCUGCUACAAUAUAAGCUGCUUGUAUUAAAAAUAGUACAAAUGAAGAUUGUUAUUGGAAUGGAACAGCUUGUGUAGAUAAAAUAUGUUCAAAUGCACCUACUACAUUAACAACUAAUUCAGCUUGUGCAGCAUUUUCAAAAGGUUGCAUAACUAAAUAAGGGGGAGGCUGUGUUCUAAAUGGAGAUUGCUCAGCCGCUAAUAUUUCAACUGCAUGUGUUAAAAACAUGAAUAAUUUUGAUUGUAUAUGGGAUUCAACUUGCAAGGAAAAAACAUGUGUAAAUGCUCCAAAAUCUAAUACUACUCAUGAUUAAUGCACUUCCUAUUUAUCAAAAUGUACGGUAUAAUCAGGAGGAGGAUGUUAAACGAGAAAGUGUGACAAUGCUCCUAUAACAUUGAAUACAAAUGAUGCAUGCGAAACUUAUUUACCUGCUAAUAAAUGCAUUACUAAAAAUGGAGGUGGAUGCACAAUUAACACUACUUGUUCAGUCAUAUCAAUAGAAGUUGCUUGUAUCAAAAAUUCAUUAGGCUAACCAUGUUUUUGGCAUGCUGCAAGUGGAAGUUGUAAAGACAAAAUUUGUGUUAAUGCUCCAUCUAGUAAUAAUAGUCACGAACUCUGUUAAUAAUUUUUGAAUACUUGUACUGUCAAUUCUACAAACACAGGAUGUGUAGAAAAAACAUGUGAGAAUUCAUUAACUUUAUCAAUUUGUGAUAAAGAUUUAAACAGCAACAUAUGCAUUUGGAAAGCAAGGUGUUAUAAGAAAUAAUGUGCAUUAGCUUCAAGUUCAAUAGCUUCUCAUUCUGAAUGUUAAACUUAUUAUUCAAGUUGUACGUUAAGCAACACUGGAAAAGGAUGUGUUACAUUACCUAUCAAAUGUGAAGCAAUUACAAUAGAAGCUGCUUGCAAAAUCAAAGCUAAUAAAUAAUCCUGUGGUUGGACAGGAUCUUAAUGUAUUGAUAAAGCUUGCAAUACUGCUCCUAAAACCAUUCAAACAACUUUAGACUGUCAAAAUUACUUAUCGUCUUGUGUGGCUAAUAAUCCAAUUACAGUAAAUGGAACCUCAACAAUUCAAGGAUGUUAAGAUUUACCUAAAACUUGUGAUGCUAGAAAAUCAUCUGAAAAUUGUAAUAUCACAAGAACAGCAUUUCCAACUUGUUUUUGGGAUUCUUCAUCUAUCAAAUGUGUUGAAAAAUCUUGCACAACUGCAAAUUUAUCAGGAACACCAGGAGCACUUUCAGCUGGGUAAUUCACUUUUGAUAAUUGUUAAAGCUACUUGAGCACAUGCAUUACUACCAAUGCUCAAGGUACCUGUACUUAAACAUCAUAUCCUUGCAUUUCAAAUAAUCCUAAAGAUGGAUGUAUGGUUAAGCCAACAAGUUGCUCAUAGUUAGUUCAAUAAAAUUGUAAAGAUGGAUCUAAAUCUAAUGGUGAUUGUUAUUGGAAUGGAUCUAACUGUGUAGAAAAGACAUGCACAAAUAUAAUAUUAACAACACAUAAUGAUUGCUAUAACAUAUUCAAUCAAUGUACUGUCAAUGAUGAUGGCACGGCAUGUUUAUAGUUAGCCUCUGCUUGCACUUCAUAUAAAAUUUAAGAGAAUUGUAAAAUUACAUCUACAUAAAAAAAUUGUUAUUGGACUGGAACUGUUUGUAGAAAUGCAAUUUGUGAUGACACUCCAGAUUCUGAUCUUUUUGAUUCUGAUGAAGAAUGUCUUAAAUAUUAAACUCAGAAUGAGACUUGUACAAUAAUUGCAAAAGUUGGAGGAUAAGGGUGUGUUCAAAAAUAACCAGUUUGUUCCAAUUAUAAGACUUCUAGUUAAUGUCAUAAGACUUUAUCAAAUGUAAAUGCUUAAGAUGAUUGUAAAUGGAUUAAUGGAAUAUGUUAUUCAUUAUCAACUUUUGCAACUGGAGCUUGCUCAACAUUUAAAGGAACACAAGAAAUGUGCAAAGCUUAUAGAUAGGGAUGCACAAAUGUAGCUAAUGCUAGUACUUCAACUGCAUGUACAUUAGAUUGUACUUUAAGAAUUGGAAGUGGAUUGACAUUCUAAGAUUGCUAAACUGUGGAUCCUACAUGUUCGGUUAAAAAGGAUGGUAGUGGUUGUAUUGCAAUUUAAUCUAUAUGUACAGGAUAUGGGACAACAUCUGCAAAUUGUUAUAAAUCAGGUGCAACUGGAACCCAAUCGAAUUGUCUGAUGAAUAAAGCAAUACCACCAAGUUGUUAAGCAGUGAGUUCAGCAGCUGAUUGCGCACUUGUAAGCGGAUCAGGACUUGAUCAUGCUAAAUGCUAAGCAUAUAAUAUUGCAUGUACAUCGUUAGGCAACGGAAGUGGAUGCUAAGAAUUUAAAGCAAAUUGCACUGCUUAUACUGGUAAUACUGAUAAUUGCACAGUCUCAUAAUAAGGUAAAUGCUAUUUAAAUGGUACUGAUUGUAUUCGUUUUUCUAAUUGCUUUUCAAUUACUGGAACAAACCUUACUCAUCAAAUAUGUAAUACCUACAACACUGAUUGCACUGUAAAUAAAUAAAAAACAGUAUGUUAAGAUAGGAGAGCUACUUGUGAUUUAUACACAUCUCAAGAAUAAUGCACAGUAUCUGCAGCUGACUUAAAAGCAAGUUAAUGUGUUUGGAGUGGUACAGCCUGUCUUGCAGUUACAGUAGUUGCUACUCAUUGUGCCUACAUAACUGGAACCAAUCUGACCGAUUCAUUUUGUGCUUCUUACAAUAAUAAUUGCACUGUAAAUUACGAAAAGACUGCUUGUUAGGAGAAGAAAGCUUAAUGUGGUUUAUAUUCAACUCAAAGUUCUUGCACUCUAUCACAAGCAGCUGAUACAGCCGGAAAAUGUAUUUGGAAUAAUGGAGGUUGUCGUAUAAUGACAUCACUUGUUACGAUUGCUGCAUCUAUUAAAGGUUUUUAAAUGAAAAGUGCAAGAUGUGCAUAGUUCAAUCCAGCUUUUGCAGCAACAAAAGGUGGAUCUGAAUGUUUUAUCAAAAAAGGUUAAUGUAGUUUGUACACGGAAGACUAAUGUACAUUAUCCUCAGCAUCUGGUACAGCAGCAAAUUGUAUUUGGGAUGGUUCACAUUGUUAAGCAUUUACUUCUGGUUCUCUAUGCUAAUAUAUUUCAGCAUUUGAAAUAGAUGAGAGCUAUUGCCCUUCAGUUAAUCCAUUUUGUACAACAAAAUUAACAAGAAAUGGUUGUUAUGAAAAGAAGGCUAAUUGCUCAGAUUAUACUGUAGAAGGUGAUUGCUAAUUAUCUUUAGCUUCUGGAACAGCAGGAUUUUGUUUUUGGACUGGUUCGAUUUGCACUUAUGUGACAGACCCUGUUAAUCAAUGUGCUAAGGUCCUUACUUUUCUUCUUGCAACUGAUGAAUAAUGUGCUAGUUAUAAUACUUCAUGUAUUCCUUAAUUUAGUGGAGGCGGAUGUCAAUAUAUUCAAACAAAUUGUGCUUCAUACACAGAGUCAAAAAGUUGUUAUAAAUCUGUAAAUGAUGGUUAUUGUGCUUGGAUAGAUAGCAAAUGUGUAUAUAUAACAAGUCCAAGUCAAUGUGCUUCAGUUUCUGGAAAUAAUUUGUCUAGUACUUAUUGCAAUGGAUUACAUAAAGAUUGCUGGCCGGCUACAAGCAAGUAGACUUGUUAUUAGAUGAAAGCUGCUUGUACAGAUUAUACUUCCUAAGGAUAAUAAUGUAUUAGGACUUUAACUAAUGGAAAUGCUGGGCUCUGUGGUUGGAGCAAUACUUCUGUAUGUUAUUAAAUAACAUCUGCCAGCUAAUGCAAUACUUAAAAUGUGGCUAUUGUGAACCCAUCUUAUGCAACAACAGAUGCCUUUUGCGCUACUUUUAAUGCUGGCUGCAUUGCAGAUGCAGAUAAAAGAGGUUGCUAAGAACUGCUAACAACUUGUUCUUCAUAUACAGAAAUGUCGAAAUGUAGUUAUGCUGGAACUUUAUAAUCCAAAGUUAGAUGUUAUUAUACAAGUUCAACUUCAAAAUGCAUUACAAUUACAGAUCCUGCUACUUAAUGUAAAGAUAUUCCACAAGGAUACACAGAGGCCACUUGCGUAUCUUAUCAUAGUGGUUGCACAGUCAAAUAAGAUUCAACCGGCUGCCAAGAAAGAAAAGCGGUGUGUGCAAAUUACACUACAGAAGACAGUUGCACAUAUUCAGCAGCUGCAUCUCCUUUUAAUGUGUGUCUUUAUCUCAAUUCAAAUUGUGUUGCUGCAAGAGAAUUGCUAACUGAUUGUGCAGCCAUUACUGCGUCUUCAGGUUUGACUGAUUCUGGUUGCAAAGGGUAUAACAUCAUAUGCACAUCAAAUAAAGCGGGGACUGCUUGUUAAGAAUAAAAAGGCUCCUGUUCAGAUUAUCCAAAUUAGGAUUCAUGUACUGUCUCCUCUAGCUCUAAAUGUAUUUGGAGAUCUAGUUGUACUUCUGUUACAGAUUUUAAUUUGAUUUUUUAUGAAGAUUUUUUAAUUAUGGAAUUUCAGAAUAUUGAGGAGUAUAUAAUAUUUUAACUGUGGUGAUGCAACUACUGAGUGCGUAUAUGUAGUAGGUACAAAUUUAACUCAUGAUAUUUGUGCUUCUUUUAACAAUGGAUGCACAGUAAAUAAAACAGGAACCUCUUGUUAACAAAUGAAAGCCAUUUGUACUGAUUAUACAUAAAGUGAUAAUUGCACUAGAUCGUAAGAUUCUGGACCAUAAAGUUACUGUGUCUGGCAUUCUACAUGCAUAUCUGUCACCAAUAUUACUACCGAUUGUGCUUAUGUAACUGGUACAAAUUUGACUGACGAAUUUUGUGCAUUAUAUAAUCCUGAUUGCACAGUUAAUUAUUCAGGAACUGCUUGUUAAGAAAAGAAAUCCAAUUGUUCAGAUUAUUCUUUGAAAGAAAAUUGUGCAGCAAAUUGCAUAUGGGAUGGCACAUCAAAUUGCCUUUUUAUCUCAGAUCCUUCUGCUUAAUGCAGCUUAGUGAAUGGAAAGACAGGACUCAACCUUGAUAUGUGUUAAUUAUAUAAUAGUGAAUGUGUUAAUCUAAGAGAUGGUACUGGAUGUUAACAUGCUUAGACAGAUUGUAAGAAUUAUACAACAUAGAAUUAAUGUGUUGCUUUGGCUAAUGGUACUUCCUGUUUAUGGUAUGAAAAUUCUUGCUACCAAAUAACAGGUACUACUUGUAGUGCAAUUACUGGAACUGAUCUGAAUCAUGAUACAUGCAACUCUUAUAACAAAAAUUGCACUUCAUUAAGCGAUGGCACUUCAUGUUAAGAUUAUAAAUCAACUUGUGAAUAGUAUUCAGGAACAACUGAAUCUUGUACUUAAUCUUAUAAUGCAAAAUGUUACCUUUAUAAUUCAAAUACUUGUAUUACUAUUUUAAAUGUAUCUACAGAUUGUGCUAAAAUAACUGGAGUAUCAUUAACUUAUGAAAUUUGUUAAUCAUAUAAUUUGGGUUGUAGUGUAAAUAGAGCCAAGACUGCUUGUGUUUAAAAAGCAGCAUAAUGCUCAGGAUAUUCAACUGCAAUGAGUAGUUGUUAUCAAGCAGCAGAAGGAUUCUGUAUUGCAUCUACUAGUAGUGAUUCAGCAUGUGUACCUGCCUCAAGUGCAUCUAAUUGUGAGACAGUAUUUUUAGGAACAGGCAAUUAUAGUCAUAAUAAUUGUAGUACAAUCAAAGCGGGAUGCACAGUUAAUGGAAGUACAGCAUGUAUGGCUAGAACUUGUGCAAAUGCUACAGGAUUUGCAUUUAAUCAUGAUAAUUGUUUUGCUUGGUUGAAAACUUGUACAGUAAAUUAGGCUAAUAAUGGUUGCACUAUCAUGGCUGCAAAAUGUUCAGAUUAAUAAUCAACUUCAUGUUUAAAUGCUAUAGAGGGAGUGUGCCUAGUGUUUAAUUCAAUUUGUAUUAGAAAAGGAUGUGAUACAGCUCCAUCAGAUGCUUCACAUGAUGAUGAUACAGAAUGCUCAAAUUAUUCAUAGGUUUGUACAGUUGCAAGAGCAGGGGGAUGUCAAGUAAGAACUGCUUGUUCAUUAUAUAAAUCGUCAUUAUAAUGUAAAUUAGAUAUGAAUGAUAAAAAAUGUUUCUGGAAUCCAUCUGUUAAGACAUGUGUUGAUUUAGCUUGUGCCAAUAUAGAAAUAUCAAAUUUAUAUAACACUCAUGAUAAAUGCUAUGCAGUUGAUUCAAAUUUAGGUUGUACAGUCAGAGCUCUUAAUAAAGAAGCUACUCCUGGUUGCAUGGCAAGAGGACCAUGUAGUUCAUAUACCAUUAAGGAUUAAUGCAGAACUAAUGCAAGUGGAAUAGAUUGUGUUUGGAAUACAAAUAGUAAUUUACCUGAACCUGCUUGUUAAGAUAAGUCAUGUACAACUGCACCUACUUCAACAUUAACUCAUAAUGAUUGUUUGAAUUAUUAUACUACAUCAAGUAUUAAAUGUACAGUGUAUGCUAAAGCAGGUGAUAAUGGAGCAUAACCAAUUUUAGGAGGAUGUUAAUAAACUGCAGAAUGUUCAACAUAUAUUGAUAUUGAAUAAUGCAAAAUAAAUAGUAAAGGAGAGCCAUGUGGAUGGAAUGGAAAAGAAUGUAAUGAUAAAUCUUGUUCCACUGCUCCUGCUACAUCAGAAUAUGAUGAUGAUACAAAAUGCAAAGCCUAUUUGAACAAUAAAUGUACAGUUUCAUCAGAGGGAUAAGGUUGUAUAGAUAUUCCAGAGAUUUGUGAGUUAAUGAAUUAGAAUUAAUGUUAUUACAAUAGGGCUGGACAACCCUGUUNACUCUUAUAACAAAAAUUGCACUUCAUUAAGCGAUGGCACUUCAUGUUAAGAUUAUAAAUCAACUUGUGAAUAGUAUUCAGGAACAACUGAAUCUUGUACUUAAUCUUAUAAUGCAAAAUGUUACCUUUAUAAUUCAAAUACUUGUAUUACUAUUUUAAAUGUAUCUACAGAUUGUGCUAAAAUAACUGGAGUAUCAUUAACUUAUGAAAUUUGUUAAUCAUAUAAUUUGGGUUGUAGUGUAAAUAGAGCCAAGACUGCUUGUGUUUAAAAAGCAGCAUAAUGCUCAGGAUAUUCAACUGCAAUGAGUAGUUGUUAUCAAGCAGCAGAAGGAUUCUGUAUUGCAUCUACUAGUAGUGAUUCAGCAUGUGUACCUGCCUCAAGUGCAUCUAAUUGUGAAACAGUAUUUUUAGGAACAGGCAAUUAUAGUCAUAAUAAUUGUAGUACAAUCAAAGCGGGAUGCACAGUUAAUGGAAGUACAGCAUGUAUGGCUAGAACUUGUGCAAAUGCUACAGGAUUUGCAUUUAAUCAUGAUAAUUGUUUUGCUUGGUUGAAAACUUGUACAGUAAAUUAGGCUAAUAAUGGUUGCACUAUCAUGGCUGCAAAAUGUUCAGAUUAAUAAUCAACUUCAUGUUUAAAUGCUAUAGAGGGAGUGUGCCUAGUGUUUAAUUCAAUUUGUAUUAGAAAAGGAUGUGAUACAGCUCCAUCAGAUGCUUCACAUGAUGAUGAUACAGAAUGCUCAAAUUAUUCAUAGGUUUGUACAGUUGCAAGAGCAGGGGGAUGUCAAGUAAGAACUGCUUGUUCAUUAUAUAAAUCGUCAUUAUAAUGUAAAUUAGAUAUGAAUGAUAAAAAAUGUUUCUGGAAUCCAUCUGUUAAGACAUGUGUUGAUUUAGCUUGUGCCAAUAUAGAAAUAUCAAAUUUAUAUAACACUCAUGAUAAAUGCUAUGCAGUUGAUUCAAAUUUAGGUUGUACAGUCAGAGCUCUUAAUAAAGAAGCUACUCCUGGUUGCAUGGCAAGAGGACCAUGUAGUUCAUAUACCAUUAAGGAUUAAUGCAGAACUAAUGCAAGUGGAAUAGAUUGUGUUUGGAAUACAAAUAGUAAUUUACCUGAACCUGCUUGUUAAGAUAAGUCAUGUACAACUGCACCUACUUCAACAUUAACUCAUAAUGAUUGUUUGAAUUAUUAUACUACAUCAAGUAUUAAAUGUACAGUGUAUGCUAAAGCAGGUGAUAAUGGAGCAUAACCAAUUUUAGGAGGAUGUUAAUAAACUGCAGAAUGUUCAACAUAUAUUGAUAUUGAAUAAUGCAAAAUAAAUAGUAAAGGAGAGCCAUGUGGAUGGAAUGGAAAAGAAUGUAAUGAUAAAUCUUGUUCCACUGCUCCUGCUACAUCAGAAUAUGAUGAUGAUACAAAAUGCAAAGCCUAUUUGAACAAUAAAUGUACAGUUUCAUCAGAGGGAUAAGGUUGUAUAGAUAUUCCAGAGAUUUGUGAGUUAAUGAAUUAGAAUUAAUGUUAUUACAAUAGGGCUGGACAACCCUGUUAUUGGACUGGAACAGAUUGUAUUACUAGAGCUUGUGAAAAUGCUCCUGAAGAAACAGCUACAGCUGAAUAAUGCAAUAACUAUUUAUAUGGAUGUACAAUAGAUGUUAUCAAAUGCAAAAUUAAAAUUUGUGAAGAUUAUUUAUUAACAACAGAUGAACAAUGUACUUAUGCCUUAUCUACUUGUACAACAAAUGGUACUAAUUGUGUAACUAGAGGAACUUGUGUUUAAUCAUAAAAUAAAGCAGGAUGUGUUGUAUCUUCUAGUGGAUAAUCUUGUGAAUGGAUACCAGAUGUUGUAGAUUCUCAAAAUGUUGUAACUACUGCAGCAUAUUGUACAAUUAAAACUUGUAAUACUGCUCCAAUUAGUUUAGUAACAGAUGUAGAUUGUGCAAAAUAUUUUACAAAUUGUACUACAAAGAGUGGAGGUGGAUGUGUUACUAAAUCAACUUGUUCUGCUGCUUCUGUAAAUGCUGCUUGUAUAAGUGCAUUAAAUGGUACAAUAUGUGCAUGGGAUAAUACAUUAAAUAAAUGUAGAGAUAAAGAUUGUUAAGAUUUGAUAGGAACUACUCACACUAUUUGUUAAACUUAAAGAUAAGGAUGUACUGCUGGACCAAAUGGUAGAUGUGCUAGAGUUUAAAGUUGUGAAUUAACUACCCUUAGAUAAGCUUGUAUUGAAGGGACAAAUGGACCAUGUUUAUGGAUUGAGAAGUUUGUUAAUAGUGAUGGAUCAAAAGGAGCAUGUUUUACAUAUACAUCAUGCAAGAGUUUAGCUUGGAAUACUGAUGAAUCUUGUAAAUUGAUAAGCAAUUAAUGUACAACUAAUGGAACUAAUUGUAUUGGAAUUACUUUAUGUUCUGAGACAAAUAUUGAUGGUGGAUGUGUUACAGGAUAUGAUGGAUCUUGUAUUUAAUCAGUUCCAGCUUUGAAUUCAGCUGAUCCUAAAAUAUGUAAACCAUUUAAAUCAUGUGCAGAUGCUUUUUAUGCAACUCAUUAAGAUUGUUAAAUUGCUAAUAAAAAAUGUACAACUGAUGGAUCAACUGGUUGCAUUGAUUUAGGUGCAUGUUCAACAUACAAAUCUUAACCAGGAUGUUAGAUAAAUGAUAAAGGAUCUGUUGUUUAAUCUGGAGUUAUAACUUCAACAGGUGUUUGUACUUGGGAUGCGACAACAAGUAUUUGUAGAGAUUAAAUUUGUUCUGAUUUGAAUGGUAUUAGUCAUUCAAUUUGUAAUUCCUAAUUAUCAACCUGUACUUCAGAUAGUAUUAAAUGUUUACUUAAAGCAAAUUGUUCUACUUAUUCUACCUAAAUUAUUUGUUAAACAGCUGUUGGAAAUGAUGGACUUUGCUUCUGGGAGCUUGGUUCUGGUACUAAUAAUAAUACACCAAAAUGUAGAUUACUUACUUGUGCUGAUAUUCAAAAUNCAAAGCCUAUUUGAACAAUAAAUGUACAGUUUCAUCAGAGGGAUAAGGUUGUAUAGAUAUACCAGAGAUUUGUGAGUUAAUGAAUUAGAAUUAAUGUUAUUACAAUAGGGCUGGACAACCCUGUUAUUGGACUGGAACAGAUUGUAUUACUAGAGCUUGUGAAAAUGCUCCUGAAGAAACAGCUACAGCUGAAUAAUGCAAUAACUAUUUAUAUGGAUGUACAAUAGAUGUUAUCAAAUGCAAAAUUAAAAUUUGUGAAGAUUAUUUAUUAACAACAGAUGAACAAUGUACUUAUGCCUUAUCUACUUGUACAACAAAUGGUACUAAUUGUGUAACUAGAGGAACUUGUGUUUAAUCAUAAAAUAAAGCAGGAUGUGUUGUAUCUUCUAGUGGAUAAUCUUGUGAAUGGAUACCAGAUGUUGUAGAUUCUCAAAAUGUUGUAACUACUGCAGCAUAUUGUACAAUUAAAACUUGUAAUACUGCUCCAAUUAGUUUAGUAACAGAUGUAGAUUGUGCAAAAUAUUUUACAAAUUGUACUACAAAGAGUGGAGGUGGAUGUGUUACUAAAUCAACUUGUUCUGCUGCUUCUGUAAAUGCUGCUUGUAUAAGUGCAUUAAAUGGUACAAUAUGUGCAUGGGAUAAUACAUUGAAUAAAUGUAGAGAUAAAGAUUGUUAAGAUUUGAUAGGAACUACUCACACUAUUUGUUAAACUUAAAGAUAAGGAUGUACUGCUGGACCAAAUGGUAGAUGUGCUAGAGUUUAAAGUUGUGAAUUAACUACCCUUAGAUAAGCUUGUAUUGAAGGGACAAAUGGACCAUGUUUAUGGAUUGAGAAGUUUGUUAAUAGUGAUGGAUCAAAAGGAGCAUGUUUUACAUAUACAUCAUGCAAGAGUUUAGCUUGGAAUACUGAUGAAUCUUGUAAAUUGAUAAGCAAUUAAUGUACAACUAAUGGAACUAAUUGUAUUGGAAUUACUUUAUGUUCUGAGACAAAUAUUGAUGGUGGAUGUGUUACAGGAUAUGAUGGAUCUUGUAUUUAAUCAGUUCCUGCUUUGGAUUCAGCUGAUCCUAAACUAUGUAAACCAUUUAAAUCAUGUGCAGAUGCUUUUUAUGCAACUCAUUAAGAUUGUUAAAUUGCUAAUAAAAAAUGUACAACUGAUGGAUCAACUGGUUGCAUUGAUUUAGGUGCAUGUUCAACAUACAAAUCUUAACCAGGAUGUUAGAUAAAUGAUAAAGGAUCUGUUGUUUAAUCUGGAGUUAUAACUUCAACAGGUGUUUGUACUUGGGAUGCGACAACAAGUAUUUGUAGAGAUUAAAUUUGUUCUGAUUUGAAUGGUAUUAGUCAUUCAAUUUGUAAUUCCUAAUUAUCAACCUGUACUUCAGAUAGUAUUAAAUGUUUACUUAAAGCAAAUUGUUCUACUUAUUCUACCUAAAUUAUUUGUUAAACAGCUGUUGGAAAUGAUGGACUUUGCUUCUGGGAGCUUGGUUCUGGUACUAAUAAUAAUACACCAAAAUGUAGAUUACUUACUUGUGCUGAUAUUCAAAAUGGAACAUCCAUUAGUGUUUGUUAAGCUGCUUUACCUUCUUGUAUUUCAAAUGGAACUGGUUGUAUUCCUAAGGGUAAAUGUUCAACUUACACAACUAAAACAGCAUGCAAUUCUGGUGGAUUAGAUGGACUUUGUGUAUUUACAUAGUCAACUUCUGCAUAAGCUAUUGUUGAUAGUGGAACUUGUACUCUAAUGAAUUCAUGUUCAUCUGCAAAUAACGAUUAAACUGCUUGUGUUGCUGCAUAAGAUAGAUGUUCAUGGACUCCUGCAACUUCUACUGUUACAAGUAAAUGUAUAAGUCAUACCUGUGGUACAUAUAAUGCUCUGAUUGGAACUUGCUCAAGAUUCUUCAACUGGGAUAAAUAAUCAUAGUAAAUAUGUUCUAUGAUUGAUGGAAUAUGUGCAGCCACUGACCCAUAAACAUUAAAAUAAAGUGAUUGUUUUAAACUUUCAGGAUAUACAUAUACAUGGAAUAGUUAAACAAACAAAUGCUAAGUUUGUACUAAGCAAGAUUAGCCAAAUAGUAGUAUCAAUAACACGAUCAAUGAUACAAACAAUAAUAAUACUAAUACAGCUAAAGGAUUAUUAUUAACAUUCAUUUUAGGCUAUCUUCUGAUUUGA